CGGGAGCCGGCUCCUAUCGUUCACUUAAAAGAGUCGGCCCUUUGAACCGGCUCGUUCACGAUCGACACAUCACUAGCGGGCCGGAAGUCAACAAAGACCGCAGACUGUCUCUCUCCUGUGCCGAGAUACUUGAACAGAAUGGCGGACGAGGAGGACGAGACCGGCUUCGACGAGGAGGUGGAGGACGGCUCCGGCGGUGUGGAUGUCGGCCACGGCAAGAGAAAGAGGCUCUUCUCCAAGGAGCUCCGCUGCAUGAUGUACGGCUUUGGAGACGACCAGAACCCGUACACGGAGUCUGUGGACAUCCUGGAGGAUCUGGUGAUCGAGUUUAUCACGGAAAUGACCCACAAAGCCAUGUCCAUCGGACGGCAGGGCCGCGUCCAGGUGGAGGACAUCGUUUUCCUGAUUCGCAAAGACCCUCGGAAGUUCGCCAGAGUCAAAGACCUGCUGACCAUGAACGAGGAGCUGAAGAGAGCCAGGAAAGCUUUCGACGAAGCCAACUAUGGCUCCUAACCUGACCUGCAUCUAAUUUGAUCAUUCAUUUCUUUUUAAUUAAUGUUCCUUCGCCCAUGUUUGUUUUGUGACACGUCAUGUACAUGAUUUUAUAAUGGUGUGAUGAGCAAUGCCAUGCUGUCUGAGACUGUUUGAAUAAAGUAACGCACACAGUGUCACUGAUGUCAA